AUGGCUGAAAAUACUGAAAGUACGAGCUGGGUUCCUCUGCCAAAAUUUGGAUAUGGCUUUGCAAUCUAUCCUUUUACCCCUGGUUCACGAAAUAAUUCUUCUGAUUCAACAAAAGACGAAUCAGUAUCUGAUGGUGUUACUAUUUCUGAUGCUACAUCAAUUUCUUCCGCUAAUUCAAAUUUAAAUUCAAAUUCUCCGAUUACCUCAUAUCAAGUUACACUUGAAAUAGGUGAUGAGGUCUAUGUUUUUGAGGAGCAGGGUGCAUGGUAUCGUGGCUAUGUUGUUUCUCAAUUACAUCAAACUGAGGAACCUCAAGUUUAUGUUGGGAUCUUUCCUAUUAAUCAUGUUUAUAUUAAAGAAUACCUUGAUUAUGUUGAAUUACAAGCGGCUGAACUAAAAAGUAGUGAUACCGCUUCUUCUAUGAGUGAAAAAAACACUCGCCCUCCUCCUCCUUUACCAUCUCUCGAAUGCGGCGAUGAUACAAUCAGUGGGAAAACUGAACCUCUGGUUGAUGAGAUAGCUAGUACUGUGAGAGAAUGGAGUAGUUUGUUACCUAAAUAUUUGGAUGAACGAAAAUAUUCAAUGUUCAGAACUGUUAAAGAUCAAAUAAAUGAUUUAUUACAAGGACGUAGGCAAUUACUUGCUCAAACUUUAUCUCAAGAUGAAUUAAGUAAAUUAAGAAAAGAACUUGUUAAUAAACUUGUUGUUGGUAACUUGAUCCAAGAGUUAGAUAUUAUUGUAAGAGAUCCAGAAAAAGGUUUCCUCGCUGACGAGACAAAUAUAUCUGCUAUUCGUCUUUAUCAAUUACAAGCUCAAUUGUCACUUUUAAACAUGGAUAAAACUAAAUCUGAUUCUUUAUUAAUGAGUCCUACCAUAACGAGUCCUGGUUUACAAUCUUUAUAUAAUCCCACUUCAACCGACUCAACCAGUUAUGCUCCAAAAUUUUAUCACAUUUUUUUGGAUUUAAAAGCUUGGGUUGCUUCAAUAUCCUCUCCUGGUGAAUUCACCGAACUUUAUUUUUCUUUAUAUACAAAAUCUGAUUCUCGAUUUAUAACGGAAGAAUACUUUAUUGUACUUAAUCACAAUGGUGUACCAAAGGAUGAAUCUAAAAUUGGAAAAAUCAGGACUCUCUUUACUGACCUUUCUCCUCAUGAUAUUCAAGAGCAAGUUUAUUUACUUUGUAGAAUUGUAAGAACUGGAAGUAUGAAAAUGAUUGAUAAAGAUCUAUCCAAAGAAACCGGGGCAAUGACAUCAUUGUUUUCCAAGACUUCAAAAGAUUCGGAUAAUACGGAUCAAAAUUCAAUUGUUAGUGCGAAAUUCUCAUCGCAAACAUUUCGCCGACCUUUUGGUUGUGCAGUUCUCGAAAUUAGUCAUCUCCUUCAAGGAAAAGAAAAAGAAACUUUUAGUGAACAUGUAAUGCAAAUAUAUGUUCCUGUUCAAGAAUCAACAUUUGCUACUCUUCACGAAGAUAUAAUUCAUAGUCGUGUCAAAGAAUUCGAAAAAUCCCCAAGAGCUGAAAUGAUUAGUGUUUCUAUUCGUCCUUAUUGUGGAGAGUCUGCUACUAUCAUAAAAGAAAACACUGCUUUACUCCAAGACAUUCCUAUUACAUCGCGUCUUGGUUUUGCUGACGUCGUAUUUCCCGGAGAUACGCGAAACGAAAUAUACCUUAGGUUUUUGUCAGGUGAUUUCACCCAAGGUCGGUCUGCUACUUCAAGAAACAUACAAAUUACUGUGGAAGUCAAAUUAGAUACAGGUGAAACGUUAGAAAAUGCAAUUUCUCAAGGUUCUGGUGAACCUAGGAUAACACAUUUCGAUUCCCUUGUUUUCUAUCAUUCCAAUAAUCCUACAUGGGGUGAAUUGAUUAAACUGAACAUCCCCAUAGAAUUAUUUGAACAUGCACAUAUAUUUAUGACUUUUCGUCAUCGUUCUACGAAAGAUAAAAAAGAGGAUAAGAUUUUUGCUUUUGCUUAUAUGCCUUUGUUUCAAGAAAAUCAAGCAUUUAUAAGCGAUGGAAAACAUAAUGUUAUUUUAUAUAAAUAUGAUAAGCAAUUGAUUACCCCUUCAAUAUAUUUAAAUGCACCAUGGUCACCUUCUGCUACAGCUUCAGAUACAGCUUCGGUACAUUCGGCCUCAAACUCUCAUUUAACUCACAAAUUGACAUCUUCUUCUAAAGAUGUUAUUUCGAUUAUGACAUUUUUAUGUUCGACCAAGUACACGCAAAAUGAAGUUCUUCUUAAAUUACUAAAUUGGGAGAAGCAAUUAGUAUCAGAUAUGAAUGAAAUGAUUUCUGUCUUGAAAAAAUUCACUUUUGUUGGAGAGGUUGAAAUAGUAAAGUUUCUUCAAGAUAUUUUUGAUGCACUAUUUGGAAUUUUAAUUUCAUCAAUAAAUCAGCAAGGUGAACUUGAUGACUUGAUAUUUAAUGCAUUAGUAACCAUCCUUGGAAUUGUUUCUGAUCGAAGGUUUAUGAACUUCAGACCUGUGCUUGAUGUAUAUAUUGAGAAACAUUUUUCUUGCGCAGCUGCUUCGUCGAGUCUAAUUCGAUCAAUGAAUCGUCUCAUUUCUGAACCUGCGACUCCAGAGAAUGCACAAAAUUUAAGAUCUGCUAUAAAAGUAUGGCAAUAUAUUUUUAAAAUAAUAAUACGGUCUAGAGAACUGCAACGAACUAAGGAGACGAAUAUGGGAUUAUCAGGUGACUAUGUUGAAGAACAAUUCAAAAAAGGACUAUAUGACCUUUUCAAGAGUAUAGAUAGACUUAUGUCCAUUACAACUCCACAAUCAAUAAUUGGCACGCAAACAUUAGCCCUGCAACAUUUCGCUUCUAUAUUCGCGGAUCUUGGAAAAUGUUUUGAACCUGAAGAUCUUGCGCAAAUAUCUAUCCGUUUCACCGAAUCUGUGAGAUUGCCAAAAGGAAAACUCUUGGCAUAUAAAUUAUUGGUUAUUCUUCAAUUUUGUCGUGGUCCUUUGUUCGAAAAUGUAGAAUCUCGUGCGACGCUCUUGCGUAGAGUCGUAGAAUGGGUUACAGAUCACAUGGGAAAAUGGGAAAAGACAGGAAAAACAAAUGAAGAUAGCGAAGCUGCACGAAUGCAAUGGCAAGAUGGAAUUCGAUUGUGUGUAGCCAUUGUUGCAAUUAUGCUCGAAAGUCUACAAUGUUCUAUUGAAAAAUCUAAAGAAAACGAGAGCAAACAGAAAGAAAUUGAAAAUGUACGUGUGAUCCUUCCUCUAAUGAUGAAACUUUGUGAAUCAUAUAGAGAAUUGUAUUUUACCAGUAAUGAGGCUCACCGGCCAAGAGAGAGAGCUGGAAGUGGAAUAGUAGUUUCACCAGCCAUAUUUAAUUUAGCAUAUCCAUUUUCUAGUGUAAACCUGACUCCUACAACUGGUUCAAGCAAAUAUUCAAAAGAUUUUCAAUUUAGUCCACAACAUAACCCACAAAGCUCAAUUUAUACCGGAUUGGGAGAAAUAGCCGCGGUGAUACUGCAAAUUAUGUAUUUAUUAUCACAAGAUCACUUGAAAGAACACCUACUCUCAACAUAUUAUAGAGAGGGUCAUGAUGCCACUGCAGAAUUUUUAAUCUUAUUAUUCCAAGUUUGUAGAUCCGUUUUACUAAAUGAAGCUUUCCCAGAAUCUUGGUUGAAUAUGAACAUUAUGGCCCAUAAAGUGUUUUUAAAAUUUCUCGAACCAAUAUCCUCUUUGUUGGAGAAGAAUUAUAUUCCCGACAAAGAAGCACCAGAUACAUUUAAUGAACAAUUGUGGCGAGAAUAUUUCAAUUGCUUAUUAAGUUUGCUUACCAGUAAACAUUUGGUAAUUGAAAAUUUUACCCCACAGAAACGUCGUGCUGUGUGGAGACUAGCUAGAGAUCUUCGUGGACAAGGCGCAAAAUUAUUAUCAACUUUGUGGGACGCCAUAGGAUGGGAACAUGGAAAAGAGGGUAAAAUGGGUGGUUAUCAAAGUCGGUUUAUUAAUACCUUAAUUGGUCCGGUAUUGGAAUUGUGCUUAUCUCAUCAUGAUGAGUUGCGCUCUGCUGCAAUAAAAGUGUUAUUCAGUAUGAUUGUUACACAAUAUUCGCUAGACGAAGAUUUCAAACAAAUGGAAUCAGAUAUAAUUGACAUUCUGGAUAAAUUAUUCAUGUCAGAAAAUAAAGGUGAUGAGAUCUCUCAUAAAUAUUUUAUUGCACAAUUACGUGAAUUAUUUGAAGAGGCGUCAGUCGAUACUUCAUUGCGAGAAACUGUCAUGAAAUUUUUAGAUUCUCUUAAUGAAUUUUUGGUGUUAUUACUUGGUGUCCGCGAAUUACCUGAUGGUGAAGAAUUCCAGGAUGACCGAAUAAUGUGUACACUCAAAUUGAUGAAAUUUAUAAAAUCCAUUGACCGAGAUCAAAUUUAUAUAAAAUAUGUGCACCAGCUUGUUCAGAUGCAAGUUAAUUACCAUAACUUUGUAGAGGCAGCCUUGACUCUCAAGUUACAUUCAAAUUUAUACGAUUGGGAUCCCAUUUGUGAAAUAGAAGCAUUACCUGAUCUGAACUUUCCAAAGCAAACUCCAUUUGAUCGAAAGGAGCGGUUAUAUAUUCAAAUUUUGGAUUAUUUUGUUAAAGGUAAAGCAUGGGAAUGUGGUAUCGAGCUAUGUAAGGAAUUGGCUCAUCAAUUUGAAUAUACUACAUAUGACUUUCAACGUUUAAGUAAUAUUCUUAAGCAACAAGCCGUAUUGCAUGAGAAUAUCAUAAAGAAAGAACGAUAUUUUAGCGAAUAUUUCCGAGUAGGGUUUUAUGGUCGAGGAUUCCCUGCAAGUCUACAAAAUCGGCAAUUUAUUUAUCGAGGGUAUGAAUGGGAAAAAAUUGGUGCAUUUUGCGAAAGAAUGCAAAAUAAACACCCUCAAGCUCAACUCUUGAAAUAUAAUAGUACACCAACUGAUGAGAUUCUUCAUGGAGAUGGUCAAUUUUUACAAGUGACUGCAGUGACACCAGAACCUGAUAGAGAUGCAUCUGUUUUCAAGGGAAACGUACCGUCAGCUAUUCGUUCAUAUUACGAACACAAUUCAAUAAAUACCUUUAGCUUUUCACGACCCGUUAAUAAAAAUCCAGAUGGUGUAAAAUCAACCAAUGAAUUCUUGGACUUGUGGACUGAAAAAACUAUAUUGGUCUCUGAGGAUCAUUUUCCCACAGUACUUCGACGUUCAGAAGUUAUUCAAGUCACCGUGAUCGAAGUAUCGCCGAUUGAAAAUGCUGUUGCUGCCAUGAAAGCAAAAAAUCGUGAAUUGUUAGCUCUUGAAGCUAAAUAUAAUGCAUAUCUUACUGCUGCAAAGCCUGUAGAUAAAAUCAACACUAAUCCUUUGUCAAUGUCUUUAAACGGUGCUGUGGAUGCACCUGUUAAUGGCGGUGUUCCAAUGUAUAAAAAAGCAUUUUUCAGUUCAGAUUUUUUAGCAUCGAAUCCAGAUAAAGAAACAUUUGUAAAUAGUUUAAAAGAAGCAAUUGAAGAACAGGUCUUUAUUAUUGAUAGAUGUUUAGAUAUUCAUGAACGUCUUGUUUCCAUGGAAAUGCGUCCUUUGCAUGAUACGCUAGUCAAAUUUUUUCAUAGGAAUUUUGCAGAGGAAAUCUAUAAAUUGUCAGAACGUAAAAAAGCGAAAGCUCAAUCAGCGACCAAGACAACCACACAACCUAGUAUAAUUGCACCAGUUAUACCAUCACCAACAUCGCCAUUUCCUCUUCCUUCAUUAAAUAUGAAUAGGUCAAGCAAAGCGUUCCGUGUCCCUUCACUUUAUGGAAUGGCAUCACUUAAUACCGAACAAUUGUCACCAGUCUCACCAACGUCACCUGCAAAUUCAUCAAUAAUGAACCGAGUAGUAACGACAAGCUUUAAUUCUUCAAGGGCUUCAAUAAGUACACAGAGCGCUUUAACUAGCCCUACUUCAUAUACUAAACGAAUGUUAGUAGAAGGAAGUAAUGGAAUUAAUGCCAUCCCAAUGAGCCCUGAUGGUGAUACUAUUACGGAAAUUCCAGUUAUUAAAAAAAGUAAUACUUUAAAAGAACGUAACCCCUCAAGAGAAAGGAAGUUAACUAUAAGAGGAUGGUCAUUGAGUCGUAAUCGAAGUACGACACAGUAA